CGGUUUAAUAAUGCCUGACAUCCACGAUUGAACAACCAGCUAAGCCCGCCUAUAUAAGGGGGUCUCUCUUCAGUUGUUCUGCUUCCAACUAAAAUUUUUUCAAAAGUAAAAAUCCUAUCAAUGUCCGCUUUAAGAACUAUCAAGAAAAUCAUCUACGCCCAGGAACAAUCCGAAGGCGUAGGCGCUCGUGUCCGUCGUUCCAUCGGAGGCAUGAGCGCCAGAAACUUCACCCCGUUUCUUAUGCUCGACCACUUCUCCAGUGGAAGCACCAACGGGUUUCCAGAACACCCACACUCGGGACAAGAAACCAUCACCUACAUCUUGAACGGAGCCUUGGCCCAUGAGGAUUUCACAGGGUCUAAGGGGAUCCUCUACUCUGGCGAUCUCCAGUUCAUGACGGCCGGAAAGGGUGUGGUGCACUCGGAAAUGCCCAUUCCCAGCGAAGAUGGCUCACCAAAUGUUGGCUUGCAAUUGUGGGUGGACUUGCCAGAACACUUGAAGAACGUAGAGCCCAGAUAUAGAGACUUGAGGGCGUGGGAGAUUCCAGAAGUGGUACAGCAGGAGGGUAAGCUCCGAGUUAGGGUCAUCUCGGGAAAGAGUUACGGAGUGGAGUCCGUCAAGGAGUUGGCCUACACUCCCAUCAACUAUUACUACUUCCAGAUGAAGCCUGGGUCCCACUUCAAGCAGGAGCUCCAGAAAGACUUCAACUACUUCUUGUACGUGUUGAAGGGAAACAGUUUGGUUCUCAACAACGACACCCUAGCAAAGCAACACCACAACCACUUCUUUGAUGUGGACGGUGAUGCCGUGGAAGGACUCAACCCUGAGUCGGGAGAAGACGUCGAGUUCGUGAUUAUUGGUGGCCAGAAGUUGGACCAGAACAUUGUCCAACACGGUCCAUUUGUGGCCACCUCCCAAGCCGGAAUCCAAAAGGCAUUUGUCGACUACCAGUUUGCUCAAAACGGGUUCGAAAACCUCAGAUCAUGGAAGUCCUUGAUCAGCAAUGGUGUGUCCAAGGAAAUGAUCCAGGGCCCAUUGAACGGCAACUUGGAAAAGAGAGAGCAGGCUAAAAACGCAUACUUGGCCAAGCACCAGAGUCACGAAGUUUGAAGACGUUGGGAUUUCAGUAAUCUAAGUAACAGAUACUUAGUUCACUGAAUAACUACUUAUCUAAUUUUGUUUAAUUCUCUUAUGUACUAUACCAAAA